UCAAAAUACGCAAAGAUGGCUGAAGAAACUGACAGGAGUCAAUUGCCACCCGGUUGGGAAUGUAGAUACGAUAUCAGAAGUGGACGUCCAUAUUUUAUAAAUCAUUUUAAUCGAACAACAACAUGGGAAGAUCCAAGAGUAAGGUAUUGGCAGUAUUCUCAGUAUAUACAAUCACAAAAUACAAUGGCACUGAGUUCUGCUACAACUAUAACUUCCCAAGAUAUACCUAUGCAGACUGGAGGAAAUGGAGGUGGUGUACAUAUAGGUUAUGCAGGAACUCACAGAGCUCCUCAAAUCUAUCCAACACCGUCUCCCUAUCUUAAUCCACAACUUGCAUUUUUACCUCCCAGUCUACAGGAGCUAAAAACUCCGUUAUCGUUGAAAUCGGUUAAUGCAAUCACAAACAGACUUGGAGAUAUGACGUUAGGAUCACCAACACCUAUAAAAAAUAUGGAGACAAGUCUAAUGCAAAAUUCAGAUACUGAGCUACAGGUCGCUAAAAUUAAUGCUAUGUUCCCAACAGUUUCUGACACCCACAUUCGACUUCUCUUAAAAAAAUACCAUAACAGAGCAGCUUUGGUUGUCAGCGCUCUUCAAGUGGAAAAGAAUCCCCUUUGCGCUCCAGGACCAUGCACGCCUGUGGGAGUGCAUUCAAACUAUGCAAUACCAAGAUGGAGAUUACCACUUCACACUAUACAUGCAGCUCUAACAUUGAGUCCACCUAGGGGAGCUCGGCCAGCCCCUAACUCCCCAAAACUGAAACUUAGGUACCUGAAAAAUGUAUUCCCCAAAGUGGAGGAGACUAUGUUGCUUGACAUUCUGGAACUAAGUGAUAAUAAUGUUCAGAAAGCUUCAGAAAAAUUAAUCGAUUUAGGCUAUGAAAAACGAAACCCUACAGGACCUAAAUCAUUAGCAAGAAAGAAAGAAGAAGAAGAACAAGCAAGGAACAAACAAGCCGUGCCCACUCCUCCUCCACGAAUGAAAAGUUUAGAAGAGAAAAAUAAAAUGAAAGCUCGUUUAAUGGAGAAAUAUAAGUCAGUACCAGAAAGAGUAAUAAUGCUUGCUAUGGAUAGUGUUGAUUAUGAUGAGGAAAGAGCUAUACAUAUAUUAGAUAUCAUGGUUAUGGAAGAAGCCACAAGACCUCCAUGUACAUCUAGCAGUGAAAGUAAUAGAAGUGAUGAAAAAGAAGAUAGUCCACCUGUAACUGAAGCUAUAAAACUGACUGCAUCACCAAUUAAGAAAAUUGUUAAGGAUCCAGAAAUAGAAAAAUCUAAACGGUAUAAAAAUAAAAUAGAAAUACCAAAAGUUUCUCGGGGAACUAGUACUAGAGAAGACAAUGAAUAUAAAUCUCCAUAUUUAACAAAACCUACCGGACCAAAUUCUGAUUUAUUAAAAGGAGCUAAUAAUGAUUUGCUUCUUCCCGAUUAUGCACCAUGGUCAGGGCCAGAUCCAAAUUUGUUGACAAGUGAAGCAUUUACUAAAACAAUAGUACGUGGACAUGAUCCAAAUUUGGUUUCUGGAAGUUUUUAUACUCCUAAAGGCCCAAAUCCACAAUUACGGAAAGGUCCGUUACGAGGGUUAACUCAAGGUUCCAUUUAUUCUCAAAGGAAUGCAAUGAAUACAGAAUGUCGUGGUAAAUGAAACAUAUGUAAUUGUUUAUUUCUUAAUUUUUAUGUUAGUUAAAACAAAAAAAUAAUUAUAUUUGAGUUUUAUGUAAUUUGUGUUUUUGUUGUCUAAUUCAUGCGUACAGAUAUAGAAGCAAUUUCUUAAGCAUAAAAAAUAGUUGAUUAUUUUUAAUAAAUUGAAAAAUUAAUUUGUUAAUUCUUGAUAUGUUAUAUAAGUAAGCAUUUUAUCAAAUUAAUGUAACUUUGUGUGAAUUUUAUUUUUCAUUUGUUGCUCGUAUUGUUACUAUAAUUAAAUUGAAUAAUUGCUGUUCAGUUUUUUAAAUAUUUAAAUACAUCUUUUGUUAUACUAUUACGUUUGCUAUAAAGCAUUUAUUUACGUAUAUUGUGUUUAAGGAAAAGAUAUUUGGCAAAAUGAUAUGGAUAAAGUAGUAGAUAAAUUACAAAAAAAUGUGCAAAGAAGUGUUCAAAUUUACUUACAGUCUCAUAUACACUUUAAGUAAUUGAAAAAGUAUAUCACUUUAUCGUAGACUAUUAUAUGUUAUCAAUUCGAGAGUAUCUUAAUGCUUCCAUUUGUGACAUAUCUUGUGAGUAUUGAUAAGUGUGUCCAAAUUUCUACAUGUUCACAAAUAAUUUAAAAAAAAACGUUUAACUGUUUAUUAAAUCAUAUAUAUAUAUUUGAAUACAGGAUUAUUGAUAAACUUCUUUGCCAAAUGUAAAUUAAAUGUCUAAUUGUUUUAAUGCAAUGUAACAUAAUUGUAGUUGUAACAGUGACAGUAAUGAAUUCUGUAUCAGUAUUAACGCUAAUUUUAGAAUCUGUGGUACGAUGUAUUUGUUUCUUAAAUUAUAUUAAAAUUUAAAUCAUUGUCUUGUCUUAAGGAAAUGAAGUGUUGAAAUAUAUUAGAACCAAUUAAAAAGUUAAAAUGUUUUUUAGUGUAACUUCAUGUGUAAGGAUAUUCUAAUUUAAGCAUGUUUUAUGUUUCAACAUGUUUGUAACUAUACAUAUUAAACAUCACGUAUAUUAUAACUUUGUUAGAAUGUUCACUUAUUUGACUUGAUGCAUUUACAAGACACAACAGAAGAAUAUGUUUAUUUACAAAAAUAUAAUAUUACAAAAGUUUUUUAUAAUUCAUAUUUCAACACUGUUACAAUCCUUAAGAUUAUAAUUUCGUUUACGAAUAACCGAAUUUAUAAUUAAUAGUAUAUAUAUCUAGGUUUUCAUAUAUGUAUUAUACGUAUUCAAAAUGAUGUACACGUGAAAAGAAGUUUGAUUAUGCAAAAAAUAUUUGAAGAACUAUUACUUUUUAUAAAUUGUAUGGAUUUUUAAUUGUAGUAAGUAGAAACAGUACGAAUACAAAUUUGCAUAUCCAUGAUGCAAACUCCCAGUUGAUUGUUGCAUACGAUAUAGGCCAUAACCAAAAUAGGGUUUCUAAUCAUAAACUAAACAAGGAAAAAAACUUAAUAUUUAUAUGUGCUAUAGUUAAAUCAAUGUACAAAAAUAUUUUCAUAGCUUAAUCCAGAAUAAUCCUGCCUUUGAAAAACCUAAUAUGUGAAUAAAAAUUAAUAACAGACAGGCUGUGGCUGAAAUAUUAGUUGAGAGCUAUUUUUAUAGCUUUUGGAUUCUUAAAAAAACUAGAAGGGAUAAAAUACUCUAUUUUGACUAUAUUUUAAGUAUUGCCUGGUAUUAAAUGCAGAAGGUUAACAUUAAAUGGAAUGAAUGAAUACUUCGAUUAGAUUAUCACUGUAAUUUAGUAUUCCAAUGUAAAACAUUCUCUCAAUUGUUUAAAUAUACAAUGGUUUAAAAUUUGUCUAUGGGAUGUAUUGCUAUGGAGUGACAAAUAGUCAAUAUAUAAAUUUGCCAAAUUUGUUUCUAUUGAAACUCUUCCAUCCAGAGCCUUUUUCUAAAAUACUAUUUUACAAUGAUAUAAUAAGAAGAAAAAUUUUGUCACCAUUCUUUUCAUAUCAUAUAAAAAAUUAAUUAGAUGAUAUAGAAGGUUGUGUCUAAUGAAUGUUAGUAAAAUUUUGCUGCCAUUAAAAUAAUAAAUGUAUUUUACCAUACAAAAUUUGUUGAUCCAAAAUGGAUUUUCUGUUAUAUUAGUAACAUAAGAUAUUUCAUUGUAUAUUCAAAUAAUAAUGUUAAAUAUUAACGAUGUUACCCUAUUUCAUAAUUAAGAUUUCAAGUUCCAAGCAAUUUCUCUCACAUACACAUUAUUUUAUUUACAGAAAUACAACUAUUUUUAACAGAUUUUACGCAAUAUAAAUAUAUAAAAGGAAAUCUAUAUAUUUAGAUAUUUUACUAAUUAUUUCUUAUUUUAUAUGGUCAUGGUAAUAUUGUCGGAAAGUCUGUAUUUACCCUGACUCUAGGGUAUAUUUUUAGGUCAAACACUUAUAACAUUCAGAAUUGCUUAAAUUAAAUAAUGGAUAUACUUAAAAAUGAAUUGGAACAAUCCACAAUUAGCAGUAUAAACACGAUGUAAAUGCAAAUGGUGUAUACUAAAUAUGACAGUGAUACAAAAAUUGUAUUUCAUUGUAUUUACACAUAUCUGUACAAUAAAGACAUCCAUAACCAUUUUUUGUGUGCAAUAAUUUAUUAUUGAAAUUCAAUAGAUAUAGUAUAAGAUUCUUCACAGAUAUUAUGCAAUACACGUUAUGUAAUUCUGUAAAUUAUACAA